AUGGUUGGUUACGAUUCGAAAGGAAUGAAUACGAGUCGAAUCCCGGUCUAUCUUUCUCAUACCCCAGCUGGAACAUCAUCCUUGAAUAUUCUACACUGGAUGCAAAUGGUCAAAACUGGCAGUGUGGCCAGGUUUGACCACGGAGAGGCGCUUAAUAAAGUUGCAUAUGGGCAGAAACUUCCACCACCCUACGAAUUCAAGAAUAUUUCUGAUACUCCCAUUUAUCUGUUUACGGGAGGAAACGAUGUAUUAGCAGAUCCUGACGACAUUAAAGGAUACUUAUUGCCUCACAUUGAACCAUUCGUUAAGUACUAUAAACAUUUGCCCGAAUAUAAUCAUCUCGAUUUCGUAUGGGGUCUUCAUGCAGCCACUGAUGUAUAUCUACCAAUAGCGGAACAUAUCAAAAAACAUAUCGAAGAAGAUCCGAAGCCAAGACCAACCAGCUGUUCAGUAACUAAUAGUUAA